CCAUACACUCUCGUCUCUUUCUCUCUCCUCUCCCUUCGGCUUCUCUCUCUCUCUCUAUACCAACAUGACUAGCAGCAGCGGCGAUGGCGGCUCUAGGGUUUCGAUCCCGGCCGAUCUGCUCAAAACCAUUCAAAACAUCAGAGAGGUUACCGGAAAACAACAUUCCGACGAGGAGAUCUUCUCUGUCUUCAAGGAGUGUUUUAAUGAUCCACAUGAAACCACUCAGAAGCUCCUCUAUUUGGAUACAUUUCAUGAGGUGAGAAGCAAACGGGAGAGAAAGAAAGAGAAUUUAGUAUCAAAUACACAAGGAAGGAACCGGACUGGACGGAGGAACUUUGCUUCAGGUUAUACAGAUGCCAGCAAUGGAAGAAAUGCAGCUUUUAAAAAGCAGAGUGGAGCUAAUCACAUAAUAAGAGGUUCCGGAACUGUUUCCUCUGCUCCUAACAAUGCAACAAACGACACAAACCCUUCUUCCAAAAAGUCCCCUAACCCCAUAAUUCCUUCAAGUGGAAUCAGCAACCAUAAAAUUAAAGAGGCUUCCAUCUCCCCUGUGAACAAGGGAGUCACAAAGGUUCAGCCUCUCUCCAAAUCUACUUCUUCUUCUGAGGAUGUUGUUGAGCCGGAUAAGUCUAAAGCAAGUACUGUGCCAGUGGCUGUAUCAGAUUCUGUUGUAGAUAACGACACUCAAUAUGCUGUAGAUGAAACUUCUCAGAUCUCACAGCAAUCUUCUAUGAUUGUCUCUGUUAAUUGCAGCAGCCAAUCAGAGCAAGUAGUUAAAAGUGAAGCUGCAGACAAGAAUGGCAAGGAUCAAUCGCUUCUCACGUCAGGUGUUGGUGAACGGCCGCACGUAACAUUACCUAUCCACCUUCAGGUUGCCAAAAUGCUGGAAAAUGGACUAACAUUUGGGAGUUUCGAUUCCAAUUUUGUGAAAGAGGCAUCAUCUGAGAACUGUACUAUUGGGUGUGAUGACUCCAAUAUUGAGUCUUCUCAGGGGACAACAGCCGAUGGGGCGUCAGCUAGGAAAGACUUAUCAACUAUUUCUCAAGAUAAUGAUCAUGAGAUUUCAAAUUCAGCAUCUGAGACUGAGCUAUCAUUGCAGUCAGAUCAAACUGUUCACCUUGUAGAAGGUUUGGAUGGAGAUAAACCACUCACAGACACUCGUCAGACAGCAAAUUGUGAUGCUCAACCUAUCUCCUAUCCUGAUCAGUACUCCCUAGCAGCCUAUCAACAGGCAAUGCACCUUUUUAGGCAACAGUUCCCUCUAAACUUUUUUCCUUACGGUCCCUAUCUUCCACCCUAUUAUAUGCCGCAACCAUACAUUCACCAGUUUGUGAGCCCAAACGGGUACCAACAACAGUCUUACUUACCGCUUGGAGAUGCUUCACCACCUUCUGGGGUUAAACUCCCUCUAACUCACAUCAAGUCAGGAAGCAACAUUGGAAACUAUCCAUCCACCACAUUUCCAUCCCCAUAUGAUUCAUACGCCUUCAACCACUUUCCAUCAGUAGCCACUGUCGCCUCUACCAACAAGGAAGAAAAGAAGGAAAACAUUUACACAACUGGACCGCUGAGUCUAGCCAAUCUGCAGGCCAGUCCCAUGUACAACUUACCCCUUCAAGGUCAACCAUUACCUUUCCCGACCAUGCAGGCUGGGUUUACGGGAAUAUAUCAACCAUCACAGCCCAUUCUGGCGCCUUCUACUAUACCUGCGAGGACUGAACCGAUAGGACCCUCACACAUAACUAAUCAGCAACCUCAAGCUGCGCUAACAAAUGUGGGGAACAACUACUAGGUCAAGGAGAGUUACUAGAAAGAUGCAUAUUCAGAUUGGUAAGAGAUUUCAAGUCCGGAUUUUUGAGUGAUUUUGUGUACAUACUUAGGAUACAUCAUCCCCAAAGAAAGAAUUAGUGUGUGGGCAAUUUGACAAGGGGACAAGAGAACUGGUGCCUUUUGUUUUCGUAUUUUUGUGAGAACCCCAAAACGUCCAAAGUAUCUCGUUGAUCUGUAAUUUUUCACAAUAUAGACAAGUGAUCGGUUUUAUAUGAAAGUGGAGCAAUUUAAUCUCA